CUAUACCAUUAUCUCUAAGUUCUCAACUGGCGCUCAUCGCUCUUUCAUCUUCUUCAAUAAUUCAGUGAACUCAAAGCUCUGCAGAAGUAAAGGUCCUCGAGAAAAUGGCAGAGGAAGAGCCCAAGAAGGUGGAACCCGAGUCGCCUCAACCUCAACAUCCCCCACCCGAAUCCGAACCCGAAACCGCACCCGUUGAAGAGAAGUCAGUCGUACCUUUACCUCUUCCUCCUCCUGCUGCUGCUGCUGAAGACAAAGCAGAUGAUACCAAAGCUCUUGCUGUUGUUGAAAAGCCUAUUGAGACCCCAGUGGUGAAAAGUAAAGACGGUUCUGGUAAUCGAGAUGUUGAGCUUGCACGAGUUGAGACAGAUAAGAAGUUGUCUUUGAUUAGAGCAUGGGAAGAAAAUGAGAAAUCAAAGGCAGAAAACAAUAGUACGUUCGAAAGAGGUAGAAAAUUGCAUGCUAAAGUCCCACGUCGAUCACUAAACAGAGCUCAGAAGAAGUUCUCUACAAUUGGAGCAUGGGAGAACAGCAAGAAAGCUUCCAUUGGGUCUGACCUAAAAAAUUUUGAGGAAAAAAUGGAAAAGAAGAAAGCAGAAUAUGCAGAGACAAUGAAGAACAAGAUUGCUUCGGUCCACAAGCUCGCUGAAGAAAAGAGGGCGAUUGUGGAAGCCAAGAAAGGGGAAGAUCUCCUGAAGGCAGAGGAGAUGGCUGCUAAGUAUCGCGCAAGCGGACUUGUUCCGAAGAAGCUGCUCCUCUGCUUUGGAGGCUGAAAUAUCCAUUCUGGGGAAAUGAAAGUCUUCCAAAAUCUACAUGUUCCAGCUCGGUUUGUGUCCAUCUUCUUGCAGUGUGCUUUAAAGUGGAUAAAUAGCCAUUGUUCUUUGAACUUCUUGCUGUUCAUAUCUAUAGUUCUCAAGUGAAUCUGUUGUUUUCUUCUGGAACAUGUAAAGAAAUCUUGUAUAGCAGUUAUGUAUAGCUCAUCUGAAGAUAUUUGUGGUGGUAUCAAGUUUGCAUAGGUCGUGUGACAUGUAAGAGUGUUUCCCAAAGGGUAUGACUUUGAAUGAAUGGUUUAAAUUAUCCAUA